UGCUGCCAUAGUAACGCCGCCGAGCGCACCGACGGGGCGGACCGAGCCUUCAGCGGGUGGUGGAGGUGGCUCAUACCCCGGUCCGGGGUGGGAACAGCGGCGGGACACCGCCAGGCCGUAGUGUCGGGGGAGCAGUGUUACUCUAACACAUCACCAAAAUGAGUGAAAAUGAAGACCAAGGAGAUCCAACGAAUAUGGGUAAUUUAACAGGAGGUGUAGAAUAUGAGGAUGAUUUUGAAAAAGACCUUGAAUGGCUAAUUAAUGAAGAAGAAGAAGAAAACCUUGAUGAAAGAGAGAAUCCUGAAAAAAAUGAAGAGGAUACUGAAGCACAAAUUGUUAGAGGUGCAGAUAGCUUAGAGGAAGACAAUGAGGAAAUGGAAGAAAAGCCAGAUCAGCUUUCAGAGGCAGAUGUAAAUGUGAAAGUGAGACCCUCCAAUGAAGAAAGUUUUGAAUCCAGAUCUGAUGUUAAACAGGGGGAUGACGUAUCUGAUACUGAUAGUGAAAGCUCUAUCCAGGAAUCCAAGCUGGAAAACCAGCAGGAACUGGAUGAGGAAGAAGAUGAAGAACUAAAGCGUUACAUCUUGGAAAAGAUUGAACAAGCCAACAAAUUGCUGGAGAAUCAGGCUCCCGUGGAUCAGAACAGAGAACGGAAAUUAAAAUUUAAGGAUAAGUUGGUGGAUCUUGAAGUUCCUGCUCUAGAAGAUGUUGAAAUUUGUAAAACUGACUUUGCAAAUGGAGAUGAUGUUUCAAAUAGGCUGUCUCAGUUGUGUAUUUCUAAUGAAAUGGGACAGGAAAGCACAUCACUUUCAUCACAUGCUGACAAGAACAAUGGAAAGAAGGAUGGUAAAAUCCUAGUGGAAAAAAGUGGGAAGUUUGAACUCUUAAGUUUACGUGAUAUUGAAAGCCAGGGCAUUUUGCCCCCAGUAAGUGUUUCUUUUACUGAUAUUGAAACUCAACACAUAUCUCCAAAAUCUUCACCCUGUAGUCCUCCUGGUGCUGCUUCUCAAAUGAACAAAGUACCUCCGGAAGGACCAGGAGCACAUGCUUUUUCUCCUGGUGGAGAUGAUAGUGUGUUUUUCCCAAAGCCUCCAUCUAACCUGAAGCAUCGUCCAAAUUCUGCCAUCAGUUCUGCAAAAGGUCUGGGAAAACGGAAGACUCCGCAGAGGGUGCAGUCUGCCAACAUGCCUGUGAGAAGCUCCACUUACUGUCUUUCUCCCAGACAAAAAGAAUUGCGGAAACAGUUAGAACAAAGGAAGGAAAAACUGAAGAAAGAGGAAGAAGAAAAGAAAAGGGAACAAGAAGAACAGAAGAGAAGAGAUAACGAGAUGGUUUUUAAAGCUUGGUUACAGAAGAAGAAAGAACAAGUGCAAGAAGAAAAGCGGAUUCGUCGUGCAAAGGAGCUAGAAGACUUGAACAGCAGAGAGAAGGACAGGAAUCCAGAAGAAGCCUUCAAGUUAUGGCUUAAAAAAAAGCACCAAGAGCACAUGAAAGAAAAACAGUUAGAAAUGUUGAGGCGCCAAGCUGAGGGAAUUGCCUUUUUUCCGAGAACAGAGGAAUGCAACAGAGCCUUUAAAGAAUGGCUAAAAAGAAAGAGAGAAGAAAAACGAGCAGAAGAACUAGCUGCUAAAGAGAGAGUGAGGCAGCUCAGACUAGAAGCCAGAAGAGCAAAACAGCUGCAGAACAUCCACUGUAUUAAUUCAGAGCCAAAAACUUUUCGCUUCACAAAUCAUUACAGUUGAAAGUUUGAUGUAAGCACAGAAUUCUUGGUGGCAAUCUUUUAAUUUUUAUGGCUUGAGUUUUUGUUCUUUACAGCUACUUUUUGUGGUGUGUUUAAAGCUUCAAACAAGUUUAAAAAUUACCUUCACUAACAACAAUUUUACUACCUAUUUGUAAUUUUGUUGAAGAAGCCUGCUUUUAUAUGUAACUAACUCAGGGAUUUUAUUGGUUUGACCAAGUCUUAAUGAGAUCGAUAGAUGAGGGUGGCAAAUACACAUUCCUGUCAUUAAAAGGCACUUUAUACUCAACUCCACCAUGAAUUCCUGGAUGCAGGCUAUUAUGUAAAAUGUUGACUUUUUGCUGGAUUAAUGUUGCUGUUUGCUGCUGCUUGAGAUGAAGACUGUACAAGGUGUUACGCUGUUGGAAAAUGCUGCUUCUUGUACCACUUUCUAUUGAGCUGUUGACCAGUUAAUUCCAACUGGAAGACUGUUUUAUUUUAGCUUAGGGAAAGUGGCCAUUGAAGGCUAACACAUGUGACUGUGCAACAGUCUUUGAAACUUAUUUCUGAGUCAUAGUAAUUUUCUAUCCCAUUAAAUUAAGUGGUUGUGUGAAUUAUGACCUUUACCAGUAUCAAGGUAGCUGGAUUAUUUGUAUAUGUGUCCAUGUUUGCUAAAUUAAUUAUAAUAAAUUAUACCACCUUACCCA